UAGAUGGGAAAGGAUUGGAAAGGAUGACGACCGUCAUCUGUCCUCCUAUAAAUACGCCUCUCAGGCUCACGCCAAGAAAUAUUUUUCUUUGGUUUCUUGUUCCCUCUUCUUGAAAAGCUCUCCAAGAAACGUUCUUCCAAAAACAUCUUUCUUGGUUUCUUUGUUUUCUUUGUUUCUUGGUCUCCAAGAAACGUUCUUCGCGCUCACAGACGCCAAGAACAUCUUUCUUGGUUUCUUUGUUUCUUGGUUUUCGCUUUUUCAAAAGCUCUCCAAGAAACGUUCUUCGCGCUCACGGCAAGUUGGCAACCACAACAAGGAAGGGUUUGACUAGGUUCAUAAGAGAAAUUUAAGUUUUAAGCCUAUGGGAUCUACUAUCUCUCCAACGAAGGGCACCUCGAGAAAUCUUGUCAACAAACCGGCUUCACAAGUCUGGGAUAAGCCUGUGAAAGAGUUGUGCUUUGGGACCAGAAAGAAAGUCAGAUUCGACCCUAAUGUCGAAAUUUAUGAAUAUGUUUCCUGUAAUGAUGAAGCUUCGGAUUCUUUACUGGAGAGUGAUGGCGGUGGUAAGAAUGGGGAGGAGGAAAAUAUAGAAACAUCAAGCCAAUCCAGGUUGUUUUCAGAAAACAGUUGGAUCACAUUAAGCUCAGGAUCCUAUCCUCUGAAUUGUAGUGAGUAUGAUGAACUAGAUUGUGAGGAUAGUGAUCUUGAUGAUAUUGAUGAUCACAAUGACAAUUAUGAUGGCUUGCAUGAGGAUGAUGGUAGUCCUGUGCCGAUAUGUGGUUUGUGUGCCGGGGAAGUGAAGGCAGUUGGGUCUAACCCAUAUGCUCGAGAUAGGAGUGUUUCUCUUGAUCCUUUGCUGGUCCCAGUAGAAAAUCUUACUCAGUGGAAAGCCCUCAAAGCUAAAGGGGCACCUCCAUUGACGACUGGGAAAGAGAACUUCAUGGGUUUGCAGGAUAAGAGAGUGAAAUCUGAGACAAGGUUGGAGAAAGUAAAGGCAGUUGGGUCUAACCCAUAUGCACGAGAUAGGAGUGUUUCUCUUAAUCUUCUGUUGGUCCCAAUAGAAAAUCUUAGUCAAUGGAAAGCCCUCAAAGCUAAAGAGGAACCUGCAUGGACGCCUGGGAAAGAGAACUUCAUGGGUUUGCAGGAUAAGAGAGUGAAAUAUGAGACAAGGUUGGAGAAAGUGAAGGCAGUUGGGUUUAACCCAUAUGUUCGAGAUAGGAGUGUUUCUCUUAAUCCUCUGUUGAUCCCAGUAGAAAAUCUUACACAGUGGAAAGCUCUUAAAUCUUUGCACACUUCUUGUGCACGCUAGACAAGCUUGUAACACGGGGUACGAGUGUUGUUUUGUGUUUUCAGAAAUUGUAUAGUAAUUUCUUGACGUUUCUAUAUAAUUCAGUUCGUUCUUUUA